CCGAUCUGACGUCAUCAACAUGCGCCAAUAAAGCAUGGACAUGUUGCUGUCAGAUGAAACGGGAUGCUAACAGAUCUACGCAGUUUUUUGAACAUGUAAAGUGACUUUUAAAGAUUCCCAGAGCACUAAAGUGUUCUCGUCUUCAUGCUUUAGUCUGUUUGCGUGUUUUUCUUCUCGUCAGCGGACUCGGGACCAGUUAAAGCCCGAGAUGCUCUCUGUGAAGGUCGGCUAUUUGGCUUCGGCUGCGUCGCGAGCCUUCUGCUCAAGUAGAGUAUACUGUCGUGAGUUUAUUAAAGUGUCUGCUUCCUCUCGUGUUCUUUGUUCUGUUAGUCAAAGUCAGAGCUUUUGUCAAACAGCAGCCACGCCUGAAGAGAUAGUUAUUCGUGUUCCUCGCUACAUACAGACAAAAGUUGAAAAUGUGAAGCAGACUCGAGGCCUAAACAAGAUCAGCACCGUCAAAGCUGGCAAGCUCCUGAUUCAGUGCAAGAACCCUGUACUGAAUCAGACUGUGGCAUACACUCUUGGAAAGUUCGAGCAGCCCGUUCUCUGCACGAAAGGAUGGAAACACAACAAAUCUUUCGGUGACUAUUUCACCAUCAACAACAUCAAGGCUGUUGCACCAUUUGUUUCCAAAGAUCAGAAUGAGGAGGUUGAACAGAAACCACCGGUGACGUUCAAAAACCUCCACAUCUGCAAGGAGCUGGUGGAAGCUUUAGACAAACUCAACAUUAUCCAUCCCACCACUGUGCAGCUUCAGACCAUCCCAAAGGUCAUGAAAGGUCACAACAUUAUCUGUGCUGCGGAGACGGGCAGUGGAAAAACACUGAGUUAUCUCCUGCCUAUUGUUCACAGACUGCAGGCUGAUAAAGAAUCUGAGAUUAAUGAUGAGAGGGAACACAAGAUCCGUGCUGUUGUUCUUGUGCCUUCCAGAGAGCUUGCUGAGCAAGUGACGUCUGUGUCCAAGACUCUGUGUGCUCCGUUUGGCUUGCUGACAAGCACUGUGGGUGGUGGGCGAGGUCUAGGACACAUCAAGGUGGUCUUCAAGAAGGAACAUCCGGAUAUUUUAGUGUCCACACCAGGUGCUCUGGUCAAGGCCCUGAGGAGACGCUGCAUUGACUUGAGUGAUCUGAGCUUCUUUGUGGUAGAUGAGGCUGACACAAUGUUCGACCCCAGCUUUUCAGACAUGCUGGAGAACAUCCUGCUCAACACAGACAUUGCUCGGGAUCCCAAAGAAACACGAGGCCUAGACCAGAAAGCCCAGCUGCUAGUGGUGGGAGCCACUUUCCCUGGGGGUGUCGGGGAAGUGCUCAGCCAGGUGACCGAUCUUGGCAGCAUGGUUGUUCUCAAAAGCAAAAUGCUGCACUUCCUCAUGCCCCAUGUCAAGCAGAGGUUCCUGAAGGUAAGGGGUGCUGACAAGGUCCUGGAGCUCCAACAAGCCCUGAAGCUGCUCCAACAUGAAGAAGGAGGCGGUGCUGUUCUGGUGUUCUGCAACAAGUCUGCCACCGUCAACUGGCUGGGGUACGCGCUGGAUGAGUUGGGGGUGAAGAACGCACGUCUGCAAGGGGAGAUGCCUGCUGUUGUGCGUUCAGGAAUCUUCCACUCUUUCCAGAAGGGCAAGGAAGAUGUGCUGGUAUGCACAGACAUUGCUUCACGUGGCCUGGACACAUCUCGAGUUCGCUUGGUUGUCAACUAUGACACUCCAGAAUCCCACACAGACUACAUUCACAGGGCAGGGAGAGUGGGGAGGGCAGGAGGGAUGGAGGGCGGGGAGGUGCUCAGCUUUGUUACUCAUCCGUGGGACGUGGAGCUGGUGCAGAAGAUUGAGACUGCUGCACGUAGGAGAACUAGUUUGCCAGGGAUGGAAUCUGAUAUACAUGAGUCUAAACCCAAAGUAGUGGAGGAAGAGGAGUAGAAGUGUUUUUUUGUAUGUUUGCAAGUGGAAAAGCCAUGUGGGACAUGUUACUGUAUGUGUGGAUGACAAACAUGGUAAACCAGAUUACAGUCUUUGGCCACUAUGACUUAAAAAUAGUAAAAAGAAAAUUGAAAGAAUUAUGAAUGAAAUUGCCCAAGUUAUGGUUGAUUUCACAGGUGAUGGCAUUUCUACAGAAAUGUGCUUCUUUUUUUACCCAACACAAAUCCAAACAAUACCAACGUGGGAUCAUUUGAAGGAAAGAUUUAUUGAAAAGUACUGAGUUGCAAAACUUCUAAUAAAAGCACUAAUAUAAUGCAUGGUAAUUAUGGGAACAUGGAAGAGACCCAGUGUGUGCUUUAUGUCUAAAUGUAAUUAUUAUGUCUGUUUGUUUAAUCUGCUCAGCAGUUGCUUAUUUGGACUUAAUAUACUUAAUGCAAUGUUUUCAAUCAUCUGAUUCAGUAUUUUUGUUAAUGCUCGGACUUCAAAGUAAAAUCAAAUUGCAUAUUU